CAACGACGUAAGAGGUAUUGUAAAAUACUACAACAACAACAAAUUGCAAAACGAACUGAUCGAAGAAUGGCUCAAAAAAUAUAUCCUGAACAAUUGCUACGGCUUCAAGAAGAACAUAAAAGGGCAAUUAAAGACACUAGCGACCAAAUAGAGCAGUGGUUAAAGUUUAAAUCAGAUUAUGAAGCUCUGAAGACAAGACUUGAAACCUUGCCUGAUCAAGUAACACAUGAUGUCAUGGUUCCAUUUGGUAAAAUGGCAUUUAUGCCAGGACAGCUGGUCCAUACAAAUGAGAUUUUAGUAUUGCUAGGUGAUAAUUGGUUUGUUGAAAGAUCUGCCAAACAAGCGUCAGAGAUUGUUGAUCGGAGAAUUGAAGCUGUGGAUAAACAAUUAAAGGAGUUAAACAAGCAGAUGCAGCUGUUAGAGCCGAGAAAACAGUUUACAUUGGAACUUCAGGAAUUGUCAAAGGAAGGAGGAGAAAUGGUGGACAUACGAGAGAAGUAUGAUGAAGAGAAGGAAAAACAAUGGAAAGAUACUCAUAAAAAACAUGUUAAAGAAUAUAGAAGCAGACUGAAAAAGGAAGAAGAAAGACAGCAAAUCAGACAACAACCUGAGCAGACUGGUUCUUCUGGACUCACUGAUGAAGAACUCUGGGCCAGACUGGACCAACUUGAGAGCAUAGAGAGUGAAAGGAAGGAAAUACAAAGAAUUGGUACACAUGCUGAGAAGAGAUUGGAAGGCUACAAAUUCCCAGACUUUCACCACAAUAGACAAACAGUUGAAGAUAAUUAUCCUGACUCUGACCAGUCAAAUAGUCAUGAUGAGGAAGAAUCGUCGUACACAGCUUCGGAUGAACUUGAUUCCGAUGAUUAUGAUGAUGAUGAUGUAAAACAGGAGGAAGAGGAACAACUAGAGAGCAAAGGAACACUCAUUACAUUCUCUCAUAGUCAGAAUACAGAAAUGGGGCAGUCUGCAGGUUCUACUGAUCAAACUACAACUAUGAGUGGCCCAGGGGACAUCUAUGCUAAAUAUGUAGAUUGUGUGAAAGCACAAACUUCUGGUAUAUUAAAGAAAUCUCCCAGUGAACAGAGGAAGAAGGUGAAACAUAAAACAAAGAAAACCGUGGUAUCAUUUGAUACGGGUUCUGAAGAUGAGAGGGAUGUCAAACAGAACACAGCUGUACAGCAAAGUUCACUUGAACCAGCUUUCUCAGGAACAGUUGUUGAAAAAUCUGUUUUAGGAAAAAACACACAAGAGUUACCUCCAAAAUCAAACCAGGCGGCGCCACAGAAACCUGUAUCAAAGUUUAAGGCAAUGUCAGCCAAUCAAAACAGAGAUAAGAUUGAGAGUGUUUCACAGUUAACCAAUCAGACUGAUUCUUCCAACAUAAAACCUGUUUCAAAAUUUAAAGCUCAGAGACAGAUGACUAGGAGAUAACAUUGAGAUUUCAUUUCAUUAAAAUAAAACAUUCUA